AUAUACUUUUCUUUUUUUUAUCCAUUGUUUAGAUAAAGUAUGGGAUCCUGGAACAAAGAAGAGAUAACAAUGUUUUAUGAAUCUUAUAGAAACCAGGGGAAAGACUGGAAAAAGGUUGCCGCUGAUGUAGGCACUAAAACAAUUGAUAUGGUAAAGAGUUUCUAUCAUUUGAAUUGGGCAUACCUUUCUCUGCCUUCUGGAUUAACUUCUGUUGCUGGACUAAUUGCAACGAUGGAACGCCGUGGAAUUUUUCUGGUAGGGUUCGAAUAAAAUGAAAUAUUUGAAAUCUUAAUUCUUAAAACAGUUUUUGAUGUCAAAAGUGACUGGAAAUUUACAGGAAGAGACAGACGAUA